UAAAGGUUUGUGGUCGAGUGUUUUGAGCGCGCGCAUCACAGGCGGAGUUUGUAGUGUGAAAACGAAAAACUCCGCAGAUCCUUGUGCAGCUGAUCACACUUCACCAGACUCUGUCUGAACACAGCACAACAAUGGACCGCUACUCUCGGCAACAAUUAAAAUGCUUUGACGCAAGGAGCCUGUAAGAUUUUGCGGAUUUAGGAGCAUAUGCGAGAUGGAGAAUAAAUAUUUUUAAGCUAUUCGAGGGGACUGAGAAUGAAUAGCGAAGAGGCUCCUGGAAUAACGCUGGAGAAAUUAACUGUGAUUUUUUUGUAGCAUGCAGACAUUUGGAUUUUCUUUGGAUUUCCAUUUUUAUGGAUCUUGGGGAGAAAGAUAGAAAUAUCCAGACAAUCAAGCAAGCAAAAGUCAACUUCAGCAGCAUUGAGAGUAUUUAUUAAAAGUCUUUGAGAAACACUCACUGGGAUUGCAUCUCCCCUUAUGUUAAUAAUAAUAAUACAGAGCCCAGAGCGGAUGUUUUCCUGAGACGAAUAAAACGGGAAGCAAAACUGAAUUGUUAAUAAACUGAAUUUCCAUCUUGGACAGACAGGAACAUCUUGCCGGAAUGAUGGUCAAGCUGAAGUUGAUGUGCUCAGUCACGGACACACGACACGCUGUGCUCGCUAUAACCUUCUGUGCCUUCUUUAUGCAUGUGAUUGUGGAAGCUAACUCGUGGUGGUCUCUAGCAAUGAACCCCCUCCUGAUACCAGAGGCGUAUAUCAUAGGAGGUCAGCCGCUGUGCAGUCAACUGGAAGGACUGUCCAAAGGUCAGAGGAAGCUUUGCCAGCUGUACCAGGAUCACAUGCAGUUCAUUGGAGAGGGUGCCAAGACGGGCAUCCAGGAGUGCCAAUACCAGUUUCGCCAGCGCCGCUGGAACUGCAGCACAGUGGACAACUCCUCAGUGUUCGGCAGAGUCAUGCAGAUAGGGAGCAGAGAGACAGCGUUCACAUACGCUAUCAGUGCUGCAGGUGUGGUGAACGCAGUGAGUCGUGCCUGCAGAGAGGGGGAGCUGUCGAGCUGCGGCUGCAGCAGGGCGGCGAGACCUAAAGAUCUGCCGCGAGACUGGCUGUGGGGCGGCUGCGGUGACAACCUCAAUUAUGGGUACCGCUUCAGCAAAGAGUUUGUGGAUGCCCGUGAACGGGAAAAAACCUUCGCCAAAGGCUCUGUGGAAAGUGCCAGACUGCUGAUGAACCUUCAUAACAAUGAGGCGGGACGGAGGAUGGCAUCAGAUCUCGCCCACGUGUCCUGUAAGUGUCACGGCGUGUCUGGCUCCUGCAGCCUUAAAACAUGCUGGUUGCAACUUGCGGAUUUCCGCAAGGUGGGCGACGCUCUGAAGGAGAAAUACGACAGUGCCGCUGCCAUGAAGCUGAACAGCCGUGGAAAGCUCAUUCAAGUUCACUCCAAAUUUAACUCUCCUACUAGCCACGAUCUGGUGUACAUAGACCCCAGUCCGGAUUACUGCAUAGGAAACAAGUCUACUGGCUCUUUAGGAACUCAAGGUCGCCUCUGUAACAAGACGUCUGAAGGCAUGGACGGCUGCGCACUCAUGUGUUGCGGUCGAGGUUACGAUCAGUACAAGGUUCAGCUGGUCGAGCGCUGCCACUGCAAGUUCCACUGGUGCUGCUACGUCAAAUGCAAGCGCUGUUCACGCACAGUCGACCAGUUUGUUUGCAAGUAGUAGUGUGUAGCGAGUAAUGAGAGCAUGCGAAAGAGGAAGAGAAGGAACAACUAAAUAAAUUAUAUUUAUAGAGCUGAAACCAUUGUGACAGAGACAGAUUGCUUUUCUAACAAUUUCGAAGUACUAUGUACAAGGCAUAUAAAGAAACUGCAAAUAUCAUUAUAUAUUUAUUUUCUCAGAUGGUUCUUUUCUCAUUUAUUUUUUUAACUUAAAAGAGCUCAAAUACAGAGUCGUGGGCAUGAUCCAGAUUUUAUCCAUUCAUUUGGGGGCUUCACAUGAGGAACCACAAUGCAAAAUAAAAACCUGUUUACCUUGUAAAAAUAUCUACCUUAACUUUUUGAUGAAUUGAUUCUAGCUUCAUGCAUCCACUUUUAUCAACACUUGAAUAUGGGUAAGAUUCAUAGUUUUCAUGCAAAAAGCAGAGACAAUCAAAGACUUUGUUGGGAUUCAGAGCGAUGAUGAAAACACAGAUGGAGUAGAUCGAGUCCAUCAACACCUCAAAGCUUCAAAGUCGUUUCCUCUUCAAGGGUUCAUCAUUUCUUUCAGUAACGUUUGAUUUAUAUGCUGUUUAAUGUUUGAUGAUCACGUUAUUUUACAUGUGCGUCAGCAAUGCUUCUAUCAAUUGCUUCUUCUUCACCUGUGUUUUGAUCCAGAGAUUCUGUACUCUUUCAGUAGAUGUAUAAUAGCAUCCACAACCAUAAAGCAGUGAAAACAUGGA